AUGGCAUUUGGUAAAGACAAUUCAGUUGACGGAGUUUAUUAUAUCGACCCAAGGAACAGGAGAAAAACAGGUGCUCCAUCACAACUUUCCAAAUCAAGUCUCCUAAAUUUCGCAAUUGACAUAUCCGGCACAACAUAUCGAAGUAAUUCUCCGACACAUCCUGAUGGUGAAGAUACGUUAUUCCGAUUAGUUGGUAAUGAAACGAUUAAAGAAAAUCGAUCAAAAGCAUGGUAUACACCACCAAAUAAACCACCACCGGCUUAUUAUCGGAUUCACACAGGACAAGCUGAUAAGAAGAUUUAUGACAUCGAAUAUUGGUUAUUUUAUCCUUAUAAUGGUCCAACUAAUUUUGGUUUAACCCCUCACGAAGGAGAUUGGGAACAAGCCACCGUAAGAGUCUAUGUUGAUGAAAAUGCAAAGGAUGAUAAACCGAAAUCCCAGGUGUUGGGAGUUUGGAUGUCCGCUCAUUCGGAAGGAAGAUGGUGGGCCCCAUCCAUUUAUCAAUCUAGUGGUUCAGAUAUAGGCCCAUUAGAUUUUGAAGAAGGACGUCCCAUCGUUUAUAGUGCGAUUAAUUCGCAUGCAAAUUAUGGUACUAUUGGAACACAAAAAUAUCUUGCAAAAAAAAUUAUUUAUCUUGAAGAUCAUACCGAUAAGGGACAAAAGUGGCCUAUCGCGGAUAACCUAAUAAAAAUUUUAGAAGAUACCGAUAGGCAAUUUGAUGUUGAGAAAACUAAAGUGAUAAAUAAUCAAUUUUGGGUCAAAUUUAGAGGGAAAUGGGGAAGGUACGUUGAUUAUGUGGUGGACAUUGGAUCAGGACCAAUCACUCCAAUUGAAGCUGGAAAUAUUAUUGAUCCUGCUCAAUGGAAAUCUCAAAAGUUUCCAUUUGAUCCCAUUCCAAAAUAA